AAGCAGUCGGUCCAAGCCAAAGCUUGUUUCUGUAAGUUUGGAUGCCUGCCCCUCAAAUUCACUAGUCACUCGACUCACUAGUGACACUCGUCUACUUCCGAGUUCACCGGAAGUAGUUCACCGAGUCAUAAUUCAUUUCACAGAGAAGAGAAAUGCAAAUUCUCCUCAUUGAAUUGGAUUAGUAUAACUUAUCUGGAAGAAGGAAAAGGAGCAAAAAUAAAAUGGCGGCGUUGGAAAGCGUUGGGGGAUUAGCGAUGCACGUAAUCCUCUCCAAACUGGCACCAAACGACGCCGCAUUAGUGGCGUGCGUGAGCCGACGGUUUCGGACAUGGGCUUCCGACGACGAUUCCCUUUGGUCCAAAUUUUGUUCCGAUGACUUUCAGCUCAAUUCGCCACUUGACCCCGUCGGCAACCCCACUGCUACCUUCAAGGAAUCUUAUGGAACAUGGCGUGAUGCUUUUCAUAUGUAUCCAUGGCCCCUGGUGAUGCGGGUUAAAAGAUGUUGGGACAGACUUAAAAACUGGUUUGCUGCAAAUUUCCCAGAAAUAUUGGCUACCUUACGUAGAGGUGCAUCAGAGGAGGAAAUAAAUGCUUUGGAGAUGAGUUUGAAAGUAAAACUGCCUCUUCCUACCAGGGUUCUUUAUCGUUUCUGUGAUGGCCAAGACUUAAAAGCUGAUAAUUUAACUGGUCGUGUGCCUCAGAGUUUGUUGGGUCUUAUUGGAGGCUACUCAUUUUAUGACCACCAGGUCAAUGUGUUUCUGUUGCCAUUAGAACAGAUAGUUGAGGAAACAAAGGAUUAUAUACAACAGCUUGGAUUAUUAAACAGCAGACCCAAAUAUAUUGUUGUUGCAGCUUCUUGCACUUACGGGGAGAAGACUUUCUUCCUAAACUGUCGAAGUGGCCAACUUCAUGUGGGUACACGGAAUCUCUUAACAGAUGGGGAAAUGAUUCCUUGUGUACCAGGAUCAUUGAUAAGUUUACUAAAUGACAGAGACGGUAGUCAGGUGCAAGAUGCUCUUUUAUUGUGGCUGGAAGAACAUUGCCGACGCUUGGAAAGUGGCAUUAUUAAAGUACAUCAAGAUGGUGAACUCAGAGGCAUCAACCUUUUUCCAGAAUUACCUCCUCUUUGUUGCACUGCUAUAACAAAUGGUGUAAAGGUUCGAGCUUCUGCUGUAUUUGUGCCCGAGGGCAGUAACCUUGAGGAUGAAGAUGAAAAAUAUUUGUUUGCUUAUUCUGUCCAUAUGUCUCUUUCACCUGAGGGAUGCAUCAUCAGUGGUAUGAACUUUGGCUCUUGCCAACUCUAUUGGAGACACUGGGUCAUCCGUAUUGGUGAUGCUGUCGUAGACAAUGUAAAUGGUGAAGCUGUUAUUGGAAAGUUUCCGCUUCUACGUCCAGGAGAGGAAGAAUUCAUUUAUGAGAGCUACACAUUUUUAUCAAGUUUGCCAGGUUCUAUUGAAGGCUGUUUCACCUUUGUUCCCGGAAGGGGACAUGCAGCUUUCAAUGAAAUAUGUGGAACUUUGAAGUUACCGUGGCUUCAUGUGUUCAACUUUGCUGUAUAUUUCCUUUGGCUUUGAUGUUUGUUUGACUCGCAGCAGACUGAAAUGCUGUUGCAUUGGGGAUUGAUGCCGUUAUGAUGGUUCAAUGUUUGGAUGUUGCUUGACUUCUCAAUAAUUACUCUUUUUAUUUGUUAUAUUUUUCCUUCCUCGUGUCCUGCAGAUUGGCAGAUCCAAGUAGUAGCCCUUUUGAAGCACAGGUAGCAAGGUUCCCAUUGCUGCUGCCAGACUAUAUUUUCUGAUGGAACUGCUUCUAGUUUCAUCUUGAAAAUUGUUGUACUGGUUUCAUGUAUUUGCUUUUUCCAGGUGGUGUUUUUGUAUUUAAUAUGCCUUGUAAAAAAUUGCUAGUUGCUUCUGCUUGGGAUUUUGUGUAUGUAGAGGUAUAUAUGCGCUUAGUUCAAGAUUAUACCUUUUGAACUUAUCAACUGUUUGAGAAACUGUGUUAAUGGGUGUGAACUUUGUACAUUAUUCUAACAAUGAUGUUCUGGAGAUUAACACAAAAUUGAGCAGGUUAGAAUGUCAGUAGUGUCAUUAAUGGCGUUCGAGG